GGCAGACGAACAAACCAGUCACCGUGCCGCCCCAGUUGAACGUGUUCAUAUAAAAGAUGAAUAAUAUCAUCUUUUACAAUCUUUCUAGUUGAGUGACUUGUAGUCCUGUUCAGCUUUUUAUUGUUUUCAGAGCAACAGGCGGGCAGUUACCAGCCAUGUCCAAAGCGAGUCAAAUAUGUUACCAUGGUAACAUCUCUGGCCUCUGUUGCCAACGUUAAACGUAAAAAAAAAUUGCUGCUCCCCUUUAAUAAUUUUCGGGCAGUUCCACAUAUGGCAUGACGGCAGGAUUUCUCUCAAAGUACAGUGUUGAAAGAUGCGGUGCGGGGAGCAUGUGUCGCACGCGUUCCAGGCCCCGGUGGACGUCCACGCCAGCGCCGACGGCCAGGUUUACAUGUUCAAGAGGAAAGCCACCGGCACAGCUGUGUCAUCGGACGAGGAGGAAGAGGACGAGUUGGAGGAGCUGGGCCUGACGGAAAUGAGACCUCGGGCGUUCCAAGAGUUGGAGCAGGACAGGCUGGGGAGUUUUCACCUGCUGGAACGUGACGUGGUGGACGGCGACAAUCUCAAUAAGCUGGCCUUGCAGUACGGAUGCAAGGUGGCAGACAUAAAGCGCGUGAACAACCUCAUACAGGAGCAGGAUUUAUUUGCACUGAAAACCAUCAAAAUUCCCGUUCCCAAGCACAGCCUUUUAACAGAAUCGGACGCCAGCCCGAGUGACUCUUUCAAAGAAACGCCAGUCAAGCCGCAGCCAAAUAGACACCAGGUGACGGACUUCCUCAUCGAAGUGGACAACGACACGGAGAAGCUGAUCCCGAACUCGGAUGACUUUGACAUGGAUCUGUUGGAUGGCGGUUCCAAAAGGCCCGUCGUCAAAGGACAGAAGGGUCAGGGGGCGGACUGGGGCAUCCAGUGGUGGAACGCCGUGGUGGCCAUGCUACUCAUCGGCAUCGUCCUGCCCUUGUUUUACGUCAUUUACUUCAAAACUCAACACGGCGGCGAAGCCUCACCAGCAGGUGGCAGCGUCACCUCCUCCAUCGCGUCUAACAGGACUGAGACCGGCACCUUUGGUACUGGUGCACCCGAACCAGGAUAGAACGCGCGCCGUUUGGAUUUCGUGAAGCUGAAUAUCUUGAUCACGUGCAAUACCCGCCUUGUUGUUGUUGGGUUUUUUUUUUUUUUUUUUUUUUUUUUUUUUUAAGUCGGCCUUCAACAACCCGUUGCACUCAUGUCAACUUAAAUUCAUCACCCAACAAAAGUUUUCCUCUUAACUGUUACUUGUGCGAUUUUAUGGUAAUUAUUUAGUAUUAUCAAACCUCAUUCAAUGCACACUGAAUUAUCGUAGCUAAUUAAAAACACGUCUCCAGCGACAGCGUUCUCCCCCACAUUGGCAGUUCACUAUUGAGUUUUAUCUCCGUGCAUUUUUGUUUCUGUGGAACCUUCCUUUAUUUGCUGAGACUUCUUCACGGUUUUUGUGCGCUUUCCGAUGACAGAGGUUUCCAUAGGAUGGCAGCAAACACUUGGACAAUCGAAAAGUAAUGCUGUGGCGCCAUCUUUUGCCAUCUUCGUGCCAAGGAACCAUGUUGAAAUAAGGGGAAUUCAAAGCACCGUGUUGUAGAAAAGUAGUGCCUCGGUGCCAUCCGUUAAGGUGGCUGUGGCUCAGGUGGUUGAGCACAUCGCCCAAUGACCAAAGGGUCAGCGGUCGGUUUCCCGUCUCUGACUGCCUGCUGUUGAAGUGUCCUUGGGCAAGAGACUGAACCCUAAUUUGCCCCCAGGUCGAUAUUAGAAUUGAGAGACUGUAAGACCUAAAUGCCUUACCUGGUUAAACAACGAGGCAUCAAGUAUUAGUGUAGUAUCACUGUAAUCCACAUGCACCAGAUAGCCCCCAAAGGACCACAUGAGUAGUCUAAAAAUAGCUCGCCGUUAUAAUUUCCUAGGAAUGUUGAACAAUUUGGUGAAUAGUGAACCAUGGAUAUGUGGAAAAGUUCCUGUGCCUUGACCGUGUUCUAGUCAGUUCUAGUCAGAGACAGCUGUGUGUCUCGGAUUGUAUGUAAUGAGUCUGUGCGCUGCUGUAUUUGAAGCUAAUUUAUGUUUUGUGUGUGUGAGAUUAUCUAUUCAUUUUUGCAUUGGUCACCGAGGCUGGAUUCACACGACGGGUUCCGAGUGACCGUUUCUGA